GCGGCAGCGGGCAGCCAAUGAGCGGCGCCGCGUGCGAGAUUUAAACGUGCGGCGACGCAGCCCGGCUCCGUUCCCCUCGGCUCCGCUCCGGCUCCCGCUCCGCUCCCGUCGGCUCCGCUCGGCGUCGCGGCCAUGGCGCUCAGGGUCACCCGGCACACGCGGACGGCGGCCGACGCCACGGCGAAGAGUAGCGCGCCCGCCGCCAAGCGCGGGGCCCCGGCGGCUGCCAAGGCGGGGCUGCGCCCCCGCACCGCCCUGGGCGACAUCGGUAAUCGCGUCGCCGAGCCGCAGCCGCGGGCCGCCGUCAAGAAGCCGCCGCCCGCCGCCGCCGAGAAGGUGGCGCCCCGCAGGGCCCCGCGGGCGGCGCCCAAGGAGGAGCCGCCGCAGCCCGAGCCGCAGCCGCCGCCCGAGCCUGAGCCGGCCAAGCUGGAGUCACCGUCUCCAACGCCCAUGGAGACGUCCGGGUGCGCCCCGUCGGAGGAGAUGCUGUGCCAGGCCUUUUCCGAUGUCUUGCUUGAAGUGAAGGAUGUCGAUGUGGAAGAUGGCACUGACCCCAACCUCUGCAGUGAAUAUGUUAAGGAUAUCUACAACUAUCUGAGAGACCUUGAGGAAAAACAAGCUGUCAGACCCAAAUACCUGGCAGGCCAGGAAAUCACUGGGAAUAUGCGAGCUAUACUAAUAGACUGGCUUGUGCAAGUACAGAUGAAGUUCAGACUCCUGCAGGAGACAAUGUACAUGACAGUUGCUAUCAUUGAUCGCUUCUUGCAGGACAAUACUGUGUCCAAGAAGACAUUGCAGCUGGUUGGUGUCACAGCUAUGUUCAUUGCCAGCAAGUAUGAAGAAAUGUAUCCCCCUGAAAUUGGGGAUUUUGCCUUUGUAACGGAUCACACUUAUACAAAGUCCCAGAUUCGCCAGAUGGAGAUGAAGAUCCUCCAAGCCCUGGACUUUGGUCUGGGUCGCCCUCUGCCUCUACACUUCCUAAGGAGGGCUUCAAAGAUUGCAGAGGUGGACUUGGAACAGCACACUCUGGCCAAGUACCUGAUGGAGUUGUCCAUGGUGGACUAUGAAAUGGUCCACUUUCCUCCUUCUAAAACUGCGGCUGCUGCUUCCUGUUUGGCUCUAAAAGUUCUUGAUGGAGGCGAGUGGACACCAACUCUACAGCACUACAUGACAUACACUGAGAGUGACCUUCUUCCAGUCAUGCAACAUAUGGCAAAGAACAUAAUCCUAGUGAAUCGGGGCCUUACCAAGCACAUGACAAUCAAGAAUAAAUAUGCCAGCAGCAAAAAUGCCAAGAUAAGCACUAUUGCACAGCUGAACUCUGCUGUCAUACAGAAUCUAGCCAAACCUCUGGCCAAAGCGCUGUAACUCUACGUGAACUUGGGCAGGAUGUUGGCACCAUGUGCCACUGUGUACAUAGUAUAUCUUAUUUGUGUGUCAAAGCUUUUAAUAAAGCAUCUUGUUGCCUUUUA